AUGGCUUUAAGCUCACAAGGCGUUGAGCCAUUGACGCCAUCAAGUGUCCAACUGAGAACAGGCAUGAAUGGCCUAUCGGCCAACGGUAUAACCUCUUCCAUUAUUCCUGAAUAUGGAGCUGUGGCGGGGAGCGACGAAUCCACGAUCGGUACAUUUCAGCAAAUGACAGAACGGUCUGCUUCGUUUGAUGCGGCCACCUCUGCUGAAACUGAACCUCACGAAGGGAUUUUGAGUACAGAUGGCUUCGACUUUCUCGAGCUCGGAGACAUGUAUCACGACUCUACCUUUGACUUUAUGCAUUUCAAUGUUACGGGUAAUCCGCACCCUUCAGGAACUUUUCAAGAUCUAAGUCUAGUGCCGGGCCAAGACGACUUACCCGUCUUGCCCUCGAAUUCUUUUGACUUUGAUCAGGACCAACAAUCGCCCCAUCCUAUCCAAGACGCACCAGCACUCAAUUCUUCAAUCAUGAGGACACCGAUAGCAAGCCAGUCCCCGGAUCCUGAUGAAGAACUAUCUGGCCUUCCAUCAGCAGGGUCCCAGAGUAAGGAAGCAAUCGAGACAAGCAGCAGUUCCGCAGAAGUCGACAGCCUAUGCUCUCUUGGGCGCCUUGGGCUUAAUAACCUCCAUCUGACGGAGACGAAGAGGGGAGAGAUACUUGGUCUUAUCAACGAUAUGAGGCCUGUAUACCCAAAUGGCACAUCGAUCGACGAGAGUACAGCAGACCUCUCACUCGUCCGAAUGCAGGAGUACCUAGACUUGUUCUUUACCAACUUCAAUUCUUGUUACCCCAUGAUCCACACGCCAACCCUAGAGGUUCUAGACACGGAGCCACUGUUCCUGUUAUCUAUGAUUGUCCUUGGCGCUACAUACAAGGAGAAGGAAGACCAUCAGCUUUCUGUCUGCCUAUAUGACGCAAUGACACCAUAUAUCAUGAGCGGGGUGAGUGGUAUCAAGGUGCCAGAUCUUUCGAUCCUUCAGGCCUUUAUGGUUUUGGAGUGUUAUGGGAUGUAUCGAGCUGGAGCAUACCAGCGGGAAAAUGCCAUUAUAAUGCAUACGUUUCUAUUCAACGCUAUAAGGAGACUGUCCCGUUACCACGUUCGGGCCAGAAUAAUGGUUCCUGACUUGAGAACAAAUCAUGAGAAGGACUGGAAAGCAUUUGCAUACCUUGAGCAGUACAAACGCUUGAUCUUGUUUAUCUUUAUGUGGGAUACGCAAAAUGUCAGUUACUAUUCGUUCAUGCCAAGUAUGUCUACCCAAUCAAUUCAAGUCAAUCUACCAUGCUCUAAGGAGCUUUGGGAGGCCGAGGAUGAAGACGCAUGGAGAGCAAUAGUUUCCUCAAAGACCGACCCCCCGAUGAUCAACAAUAUGGUCAAGGACUUCAUCGAGGAUGGAGGUAGCAUAUGGUCCGAGACCUUGGACAGCUUAUCCCUGAGCUUUAUCCUGCACGGCCUGAUGUCGAUGUGUAACGACAUGGUCCACUUUCACAACCAGUCCAUUUAUCUCGGCAAUGCCUCACAAGGAAACGAUAACGAUUGGCGCGGUCGGAUGACGGCUGCACUAGAACUGUGGAAGACAAAGUAUGAUGCUUACGCUAUGGGGACGAGGCAGACUAUUGACGAAGACUCAUCGCUACACGAGUUCCGUCAGGAAAACGUGGCUUUUCUUGCGCUCUAUCACACUGCCCAUAUCGUCGUCAAUGCGGAUAUCCGUCAUCUCCAGAUUGCAGCAGGCGCUGAGGCGAUCUUCGGGCACGUUGUAACGAGCACAGAGCACGAAGAAAGUACAAAGGUGGUGAUGGAAUGGGUGCGGCUGUCUCCAGAAUCGGCCGGUCAUGCUGCGUGGCAUGCUGCACAGAUGAUCCGCGAGGGUCUCUUGAACCUGCGGAAUUGGAAAGCUAACGGCAUGUUCCAUUACCCGUGGUGCCUUUACAUCGGUGUCUUGACAACCUGGGCCGUUGUGAAUUUCUCGCAGAGCCAAACUGAUGAGGAGUGUAAUCGCCGAGGCUGCCAUCACAGCCUUGGUGGAGAGGACAUCUUGCAGACACAGUCAAAGGCUCUUAUGCACCAGACCAUCUCAAAUAUGGCAUCUUGUACUCCAGCAACUAUUGGCAGAGAUCUGCAUAGAUGUUGCCCGCAUGGUUUGGCUAUUGAAGUGGCAAAGUAUCUCAAGACAGUUCGAUGGACUGCUGCCUUCGAAGCGAUGAAGGUCCUUGAGGGCAUUGUGGACAUGGAAUCACCAUAA